AAACUUACACACCGAUCAGAUAUGCAUUCAAAUUUUGUUGCAUAAUCUUCAACUUUCACGCUCAUCAUAAUUGUGAGCAUAGUAACUGGAUUUUGAUUGAUUAGCAUAAAAAUACAUGUUGCUAUAAAUAUAUACGCGAUACUCAUCUACAUAUAUAUAUACAUACGCAUUUCAUAGUUGUGAUUAUCUAUCAUCUGCGCAAAAUAACACCGAAACACCGAAACUAAGUGAAUGUGUCAACCUACUUCUAUAAAAAUUACAUCUUAAAAGUAAUGACUAAUUAAUGCAUAUUCAGUACAAAUUAACAAAAAUUAUUAAAUUGAAAAGUUAUUUAUGUUUCAUUAUUAAUUAAUUCAUACGCUUAAAGUUGUAGUGAUCCUGUGCGUACGUAAUAUAAUUGCGAUUGAAAAAUAAAAAAAAUUGGACAUUGAACAGAAUUCAUUUCAAAAUUUUAUCAUGUACGGAGCAACUACGGGGUCUAAGAAAGGAAAAAGUUUAGCAUCGUAUGUAUUGAAAAGUCCAGAUUUACAAACCAAACCAAUUUCAAUACAUAAAUUAGAAAUAAUGACAAAUUUCACACGAAAAGAAUUACAAUUACUUUAUCAAGGAUUUAAACAUAUCUGUCCAUCAGGUGUAGCAAGUAAAGAAUCUUUCAUAGGAGUAUAUCAAAGAUUUUUUCCUAACCGUGCAUCUAGUGCAUAUGCUCAAUUAUGUUUUCGAGUAUUUGAUAAAUGUCGAACUGGUCAGCUAACAUUCGAGCAAUUUGCUUGUGGUCUAUCUGAAUUGACCAAAGGUUCAAAUAUGGAUAAAAUUAAAUGGAUAUUUAAUUUAUAUGAUAUCAAUGGUGAUGGUUAUAUUAGUAGAACAGAAUUGAAAGAAGUGAUUCAAGCUAUUUAUGAUUUAGUUGGUGAUAAAUUAUUCACUGGAAAUAAUAUACAAGCUAUUGAAGAUCGAGUGAAUACAAUGUUUACUAAAUACGAUCUUGAUCAUGAUGGAAGAAUAUCAAAAGAUGAAUUUCUCAGUGUUUCAACACAGGAUCCUGAUUUUAUGGCAAAUUUGAACUUAUUCGAUACAGUUACCUAAUCAUAGUGAUAAAAUCUCAGAAAGAAUGAAAAUAAUGCAGUUCUCAAUGAACACUGUUAUUAUAAUCAAUACUGUGUUUCAAUUAUUUGAUAGGAAGUACACUUGUUACAAUACAUUGUAAAUAUCAAACCAUUGAAGAUUGAUAACAAAACAUUGAACGUUGAACAAAAUAUUUUUCAAGCAUUCAGUUUCUUUAAAUGAAAAAUUGAACGAACAGUAAAUUAUUUCAUGUGGCGCACAACCAAUCAAUAUCUUCUUCAUUCAAUUGAACUCAAUAAAAACACUGUUUUUGUUUAUUUCUCAAUGUUUUUUCCUGUUUUAGAUGAGAAGAAAUUAUUUUAUAAAAAAUAAAACGUAUGACUUUUGAUGUUUUCAUUUUAUAUAACAAUAAC